AUGGCCCGCAAACUGGCCCUGAUCUUCAUUUUAAUCCAGUCCCUUCAAAUCGCUGCCCUCCCAACCCCUCUCACAAACGAAAACUCAAUCGUAUCAGCCACGGUCUCCCAUGCAUCCACCAAUCAACCCCCGCAGCUGCACCAAAAGCGCUUCUUCUUCCCAGAGACCUUGCCCGACCAGGACGAGCUCGAAGCUAUAUUGAGAGAGACAGCCAUGCGCGAAGCAGGAUUCAUCCCUUCAUCAAAGCCCGAGUCUGAACCAACAUCCAACCAGGAAUCAGAACCGGCAUCGCAGCAAAAAUCACUUCCGAAUCCGGAUGCCAAGAUCGGCACGGCUGCUUCGGCACAACCGGUCAAGUACAAGUUGUGCAAUCAGGCCCAGACAUUCUCGAAUCUCGCAGAGGCGUUCAGGAUAACUUCUGAGGAGUAUGCUAUUCUUUGGCCGCCGUUCGGGGUUCUCGUUAUCGGCGCUGCCAUAGUGUGCUUCGGGACGAUACGAAGGGGAAUCCGUGCCAAGAAGUGA